AUGAAGUUGAUUUGUGCGGCAGUGUGCUUCAGCGCACUUGUGCACCAGGCCUUAUCAGGAUGGAGUAGUGGAGGAGGAGGAGGAGGAGGAAGCGGCGGCUGGUCUGGAGGUGGUGGAGGUGGCAGUGGAGGCUGGUCCGGAGGUGGAGGAAAUGGUGGUGGAGGUUGGUCUGGAGGCGGUGGAGGGGGAGGUGGUGGCUGGAAGAAUGGCGGAGGAGGUGGCAACGGAGGUGGAGGCGGUGGAGGCCAAGCAAUAAUUCAACCGGCAAUUAUUAAGAUCAUUACCUUGGGCGGAGGUGGAGGAAACGGAGGCGGUGGUGGCGGAGGCCAUGGAGGUGGCGGUGGAGGCGGAGGAUGGAAGAGUGGAGGCGGCGGUGGUGGCGGCGGUGGAUGGUCCAAUGGUGGAGGCGGUGGUGGCGGCUGGAAGAGUGGAGGUGGCGGAGGAGGCGGCGGUGGAUGGAAGAGUGGAGGUGGCGGCGGCGGCGGGGGAGGAUGGCCGAGUGGAGGUGGAGGAGGAAAUGGCGGAUGGUCGAAUGGAGGAGGAAGUGGCGGUGGAUGGUCCAGCGGCGGAAAUGGUGGUGGAGGUGGAGGAGGCUUUGAUUUAAGUAGCAUACUAGGUCUACUGGGAGGUCUGGGAGGUGGCAAAGGCGGUGGUGGGGGAGGAGGAGGAGGAGGCGGUUGGAAAGGUGGUGGAGGUGGAGGAGGAGGUGGAAGAGGAGGUGGAGGAGGACAUAAAACAGUUGUCAUUAAGAUUGAUAAAGUCACAGUUGCAAAAGGAGGUGGAGGUGGAGGCGGUGGAGGAGGCGGAGGAGGAUGGAGUAAUGGUGGCGGUGGAGGCAAUGGAGGAGGUGGAGGAGGAUGGAGUAAUGGUGGCGGCGGUGGCGGAGGUGGAUGGUCCGGUGGAGGAGGGGGAGGCAGUGGUGGAUGGUCAAAUGGAGGAGGAGGAGGAGGAGGAGGAGGAAGUGGUGGAUGGUCAAGCGGAGGAGGUGGAGGAGGUGGUGGAUGGUGGCUAUCAUUAGACAUGGGAGUAAAACGUGUCCGGCUCAAAAUCAAACGUUAA